AUGUCUUUCCUAUUACCACCCACUAUUGCUUUGAAAUCAUCCCACCUCAACGCUUAUGUGAACUAUAGCGAUGAUUCAGCUGCUUCCGCGGCCUAUGGCUUUCUCCAAGUCAACGGAGGGAAUGUCUUCAGCCCUUUAGCAAAGUUUGAAGUCGUGACGGCCAAUACUGGGACGGGACUAGUACACAUAAGAUGCUCACAUAAUAAAAAGUUCGUGCGAUGGAGAACUCAGCAUCAUGGGUACCUUUCUCCGGAGGCUGAUGAACCAGAGGAGGACCAAUCCAUAUGGUCGUGUACACUGUUUCAGCCUCAAGUAGCUGAAGAUGGCGACCCUAAGAAAGUCCUAUUGUUCCAUGUCGGAUCAAAACAAUAUGCAAGAGCAAUAAACGAAGGUGGAGUUACAUACAUGAGAACAGAUGUCAUUUGGAAUAAUCAGAGUACCUUUUAUAUCACAGACUUGGAGUCACUGGUGAUAUUGCCAAAGCAUGUAGCCUUCAAAGCCGACAACGACCGUUACCUUCAGCAUGCGGACAGUAAUCAGCUCAGGUUCAUGUCCACCGAUAAGGGGAUUCCUGAGUCGUGGUUCGAAGUGGACACAGAUGGCGAUGGAAGGGCGAGAAUCAAGGUGUUCAACAGCCUGAGCAACAACCACCUGAGGUUCGGCGGCGCAUCCUUCGGCAACGCUAUUUUUGCUGACGGGAACUCCAACGGCUUCCCAGCUCCCACUUUGUUUUUGCCAGUCAAGGUCGAUAGUAGUACGGUCGCUCUCAAAUGCUUAGGCAACAACAGAUUUUGCACCCGACACACCGGUUCCAUACAAGAUGGUCUGAGCGCGAAUGAAACUAGUACCAGCAUUUCAAACUCGGCACGGUUCAGGUUGGAAGAGCUUGUUCUCUCAAGGAGAAUCUACAAUACCGAUUUUGACCUUGCCAAUGCCAUAAUCUACGGCGAGACCCCGGUUACCAUGGCCACUGCAAACGCCAGCAACAACAGCUCAGAAGAAAACACUGUGGAAUUCAAGUUCGCGUACACGGAGAGUAAGAGCAGCACAUGGAGCUCCAGCCACUCGUGGAUGGUGGGCGUGAGUGUCACCGUCAGCGUAAGAAUUCCAUUCGGACUCGGCGGUGUUGAAAAUACAUAUUCUGGGGAGUACAACGGAUCCUACGAAUGGGGAGAAACAAUUACAACCGAAAACACAUUGGAGACUACCUACACCGCCACUGUGCCGGCAAACACUUCUAUAUCUGUGAGCCUGAUGGCGACCAAGGGAUAUUGCGACGUGCCUUACUCUUAUUAUCAGCGAGACGUGCUUUAUAAUGGUGAAACUGUUGUCUAUAAGAAGGAUGAUGGGCUGUACACGGGAAUAAAUUCAUACAACUUCCAUUACGUGGUUACAACUCUGAGACAGCCAGAAUCUAGAGCUGAUUUGUCGACCAGAGAGCAGAAGUUGCCGGACCCAUCCGUCGACCCGUCCAAACAAGAAAUUGUACCUAUGCCUGUACCAUCUGCAUCAACCACCAGAGUGCAAAACGUGACCUCGACCACCACCCCGGACCAAGAGUUGUCAAAGCUGGGAUUAGAAGAUGCAGUAGCUCGAUCUGCCAUGAAACCCUAG